UUCAAUUUUUCCUCAUGACUCAAUGUCUAGCCGGACAUUCUCCCAAAUAAAAAAUUUGAUAAAAAUUUUAAAUCUACUUUUAAAAUGCAUCGUGUGAAAUUAAAUUUUUAUUAAAUUUUUGUUCAAAUUUAAAAAAAAAAUUUUAAUGCAACUUUGGAGAUCCCCUCGAUACUCCCUCUUUUUAGCUCUCAGACAAAAAAACACCACGCAAACCACACUUCCUCUUCCACCCCCUUCAUGGCGGAGCCGAUCGGUCGAACCGAACCGGACAAUAAGCGUCUAAAAUACGCCUUCGACGCCGGCUUCUUAUCCGGCGCACACCCCUCCGACACUCCCGACACCGACGACGAUGGAGACUCCGUGACUCGACGGAGCUCCGACUCGGAGAGUUCCGAUUCCGACACCGACUCGGAAGGUUUGAACGAUUUGGCGGCGAGUUUCCAAGUCUUCUCUGAAUCUAUGCUGAGAAUGGAGCUAGCCGAGUUGGAGAUGGCCAAGGCAAGGGAAGCGUCGCGGUUGGAGGCGGAGAAGCGGCGAGCUCAGCUGGAAUCCGAGUUGACUCAGAUGCUGCUGCAGACUCAGUUGCAGAUCGCGUCGUACAUUUCGCAACCGAGUCCUACUUCGAGUCGAAAGCGAAAGCGCUCAGAUGAAGAUAAUUCCUCGAUCUCUUCUGAGAGGGAAGGAGGAGCAAUGUUGGUGAGUUUGCUCCAGUGCAAUCUGAUCUAAUUAAUGGACUCUACUUGAUUUCUAGAAUUUUAUUUCUAAGUGUAAAAUGUUCUAAUAUCAUGCAACUAUUGAGUCUAAUAAAAAUAAAUGUCUUUGUUAGAUCAACAUUUGCAAAAUUGUCUCUUGUUAAAGACAAAACUCGUUAAUUUAUUGAAA